GGACACUAUGAUUGAUAUUGUACAUACAUUUACACCUUCAGUCGAAACCACCUGUCUCAUCGAUUGCGCUUGCAUAUGUAUAGUUGCAUACGAAUGAAAGUUGAAGAGGUUAUCUUAGAAGAAAAGUAAAUUUUAUUGACAAGGAGGGAAGGAGAAAAUGCAUCUAAAAAGCAUUCAAUGACAGGCAUAAUUUUUUUGAUAUUUUUUAAGUACGCAUUAAUAAAUGUUGGACAACGGAAAGAAAGUUAAUCCAACAAGUAAAGUAAUGGUUAACUAGAAAAAUGAUUGAUCGAACAAACAUUCCUUAAAAAGACAAUGUACCUUCUCCUACCAGGAGGGUAAUGUAUUAAUCUGGUGUCUAAAUGAACGUAUGUUGUCUUUAAUAAUCAUACUUUGAGUACGUUUAUUUAUAAACAUGGCGCAAAUACAAAAUUCGGGCGCUGAUGGAUUGCCAAAACAUUUUGUUAGCGCUAUGCGUACUCUUUUUGAUAUAAUGGAUGAUCAAAAUACAGGCUUUGUCAAAUUUUCGGAUAUAGAAGGCAGAUGGCAAGACGAUGGAACUCAAGGGCUUCCUAAAGGUGUUUUAGAUAGCCUUAAAAAAGUUACACCGCCUAAUGGUUUAUUAUCUUUCGAAAGGUUUUGCACAGGACUCAAGAUAUGUUUAUUGCAAAUACAAGCUGAAUCUGAUUCUAAGAAACACGAUAGUCAACCGAAUAGACCACCAUCUGCUCCAAUUCUUAUACCUGAUAGUCAAAACAAGACAACAUGGACAUCUCCAAACACUGCAACUAUUAGACCAAAUAAUGCUAUAUCUCAGCAACGUACUUUAAGUAUGCCACAGUUAUUAGCAGGUCGAAAGGAAACUAAUCAUGCGCAAUUAGAGUUAAUGGAAUCAAAACUGAACAAAGCGUAUGGACCACCGAAACCUCCUAGAACAGGUGCUGCGUUAGAAGCUAGGACUACCAAUUCGGAUAGAAAUUUUGACAAAUCCGAAAUUCGAACUGUGCUACAAAAUUGGCAAAUGGGUUUGUUGAUGAACGAUGAUAAGGCUUUAGAUAAAAGACAAUUGCCAGCGGUAAACUAUAGAUCAGAUGCUAGAACAUUGUUGAGACCAACCCGAAUAUUGGGAGAUGGUAAAGCGGUUGAUUUACAAAAUAAUCAAGUUGGUUUGCAACCUAAGAAACCAUUAAAUCGACGCAGAGAACCUAGACGCCAUACGUUGCAGAAUGGUAUUGAUUACAAUAUGAUGAAGAGAAUGAAACAAAUUGAACAAGAAAAAGAUGUAUUGCUCCAAGGUCUAGCUGCGGUAGAUAAAGCCAGAGAAUGGUAUUUGAAACAAAUCUCUGCUACUCAGGAAAAAAUCAAACAUCUCGGGCGUAUGGGAUCUCACGUGGAACAGUGGACAGAAGCGCAGCAGGAACGUUUAGAGUUACAACGUGCGCGGGUAUUGGAAGUUAAUAGACAUUUAGCUGCAUUAAUAAGCAGUUGGGAACGUGGUGGACUUCCCCUCCACAUGAAUCUUGCCUUUCUUAGUACUCCAACGUCAACACAACUUCAGCAAGAUAUGCUAUCUAGGCUGAAGCAGCAAAAUCACAGACUAACCGAAGAAGUUAGUAAAAAAAGCCAACGAAUAGCAAUACUUGAACAAGAAAAGGACAAUUUGGUAAGAGAAUUGUACAAUAGGCAGAGUGGUAUGAUUCAAUCUCGACGGGCAACAAUGAUUCAUGAACAACAUGAUCAAACAUUCAUGUAAGAAUAUAAAAAUAUUCAAUUAUCAUCAAGAGGAUAUGCCAUUGAAGAUACCAAUUUUUAUGUAAACAUAGGUAUAUUAAAAAAAAAAUUAAAAUAAUCGUUACAUUCGAAUUUCAGGUUAUGUUUGUAAAAUAUUCGCAAUGCUAGUACUCAAAUUUAGGUAUACAAUGGGAACUGAGUGCCUUAAAACUUGUAUAAUCCGUCCAAGAAUCAAAAGACUAUGUUUUCUUCAAUAAAUUAUUAUUCUUAUUAA